AUGGGGCUCCCGGGCAAUAGGGGAUCAUGGGGCCCCUGUGUCCUUGCCCAAACUCAAAAAAGCCAAUGAAAAAGGUACCAGGGGCAUCUCAUGGGCCCCCCUACUGACCCUGGUCCCUCGGGCAGUGCCCGACUUCCCAAAUGGUCAGUCCGGCCCUGGUUAGAGGGAUCUUCCUGCCUUAGUCCCUGUUUGUAUUUAGUCCCAACUCACGCUACCAUUAAAUGAACACACUUAGAGUCUAUCUGUGUCCUGGUCUUUAUUUUGUUUUCCCAAAGCGCUUUGAAAGGGGUCUCACGGAUCAUC